CACGAUGGCUUCAGAAAUGAUAGAUAAGUCAAAUCCUCAAAGUCAAAAAUCAUUGAUAAAAGCUGAUGAAUCAAAAUGUAACAUGGAUUCUACACCAGAAAAAUUUGUAGAAAAGCCGCAAUUGGGCGAAAUAGCAAUAGAAGCCUCAGAAAUAGUAAGUAGGUUGGAGCAAAUAGCUGAAGGGGUGACGCCAAGUGAAAAUAACUACACAGUGUUUCUGGGUUUGGAUAAAAAACAUACAGAUGAAAUUUUGAAAGUUAUUCAGGGUUUAAUAAGCACUGAUGAGGAUGGUGAGCCGUACAGUUUCCCGCCUUUAGAAAACGUUACAAAGCUGGUUUUUGUGUCACACAGUUUGGCUGCAUACUGUGGAGGGCUAGAACGGAGUAUUUUGCAGAAAAUUAGUGCUAGAUUUACUACCGACACAACUCGGUGGAUCAGCCAAAUAUUUGGUUUUCUUGAUUCCACUGCAUUUUAUCAUGAGGAUCAGCUUGAAGGUCUAGUUAGGAUAACUCGAAUGAUGUUGCAUUACAAAUAUCCCCGUUAUCUAGAAGAUGGGGCUUUAGCGUUUUCAAAUUCUCUGCCAACUAUUUAUAGCAGUAUUGCUAGUCCAUUAGGCAUAGUACAGCAUUUGUGCAGGCAACUUAGUUUACCUUUGGCAUGUGUACGACCUGUCCCAGUGAAUACACAUUUUGGUUCACAAUAUACAAUGGACGUAGCACAAUUGCAGAAAAUGCUUGCCGACGAUGUGGCAACAGGGCGAACCCCUGUAAUUAUUAUUUCCGAUGUUGGCACCCCUAUCACGGGCCACGUAGAUAACAUAUCCAGAAUAAGGGAGCUGUGUAAAGUACACGACGUUUGGUUACAUUUAAGGGGACACACAUUGGCAGCCCUGGCUUUGCCCAACCAUCAAAGAAACGGACAUAUUCCAGCUGUUUCCGACAGUUUAACUCUGUCCCUAGGAAGUUGGCUGGGGGUUCCAGGGUUACCAACUAUCACAUUGUACAAGGUUUGGGACGCUUCACACAACUUAAAUCGCAGCAAACAGGUUGGUGUCAGCCGUGAGAGCACUCUGCCACUUUUGGCGGGUUUAAAUACCGACCACAUGGGCAGGAGGGUGUUGUCUCUGCCCCUGUGGGUGGCCAUGCAAAGUUUAGGUAAAGACGGCGUACAUCAGAGGAUACGCGACGAUUUUCUGGCCAGCGAACGGAUCUGGUCGGCCUUGAGCGUUUUCAGGCACAUCAGAGUACUUAGCACAAAACCUGGCGGUGAAAGUGGCACUUACACAGUUUCUGAAUUAAUGUCGAAACCUGCGAAUAUCCCGUUACUUUUCGAAUCGACAUCAUGCACUGUUGUGUUUCAAUUUGUCCCAGAAAUAGAAUCAGAUGACACACUGAAUAGAGUUCCUCAAUAUUUCGACAAACUGAACUCAUGGCUGGGGCAAAUUCUGCAACUGGAUGCUCCACAGGUACCUAUCGACAUUUGUGAGCUCGAAAACGUAGGUGUGGUGCUUAGGUUUUGUCCUUUAGAGAAUAUAAACGGCUCUCAGCCCACUGUUGAAGAAAUUCAGGGUUUCAUUCAGUGUCUUGAGCAGCAGCUGGUCAUUCUUAAAGCUACAAUACAUCACAAGGAUACUUUUGCCAAGUUGGUUGAAGCUUCCCCAGUUUUGAAGCUGGUUGAGCUGCCAGAAUGGGCAGGUAUGGGUGGAGUAAGAUACGCCCCGGAAGGCUGGGAAGAACUUCUUACCGACCAGGCUAAAGACGAGCUGAACCAGCUAAAUAUGGCCCUGGUCGACUCUUUGAGGUCCACGGAUUCGGCGUUUUCUCUCGGAGAAGGUACAGACGGUUUGCUGUGCGUCCGUUUCGGCAUGCUGACGCCGCAAUCUGACGUCGAAGAAUUGCUGAGUUUGGUCGUCAGGGUCGGACAGAGCGUCGAAGAGAACUCGCGGGUUUUGGAUUCUAUGAGCGAGAUCGUCAAAAAAGGAAUCGAAACAGCCACCCUGGAUCUUCAGAAAGAAAACGAGGAGAAACUGUGGCAGGAAGGCAUCUUACGACACGUCCCCGUGGUCGGCUCGUUCGUAAACUGGUGGUCGCCGAAGACGAAAGAAACGGGCGUGCGAGGCCGCAGCCUGAACCUCACGCAGGGCGUGGUCGAAUCGACGGAGAACAUCUACAAGUACCACAUGCAACUGCAGAGCGGCACCGCGACGCACGGCGUCGGCAAGAGCCCCCCCACCCCGCAGAUACAAACGCCGAUCGGAGGGGGGAGCCACUCGCGAUCCAGCAGCCACGCCUCCAGCCAGGGAACGCAGGCGCCACCUGCGGUCAAAAUCGAGAACGAAAGUGUGGCGGCUAUACCGGAAGUACUGGGACAGCAGUGAGAUGUUACCGAGAGACUGUUAUGGACGAGGCUUGGCCCUGUAGGUAUUUAUGACUUAUAUUUUGUUUUAUAUUACUAUUGGAUAUACGAGACAUUAUUAUUUGUUGUGAUUGAGUUUUUAUUCCAAAAUGUUGUUUAUAAUUUAUUUUUCCGCAAAAACAGAGAGAUGGAAACUUAUUUUUAUCAUUAAGUUAAACUUAAUUCAGUAUUUUAAAUGUAUUUUAUUAUUAUUAUUAUUAAAGAUUUUUUCGCAUUAGCACACAGAUGUUCUUGUUGUUAAAUUUAGGCAACAAUUUACCAAAGAAGCUUUUUCAAGCUUGCAUUUGUAAUAAAUUUUAUC